GGAACACUUGCACUGGAUGCUCCUGAAGCUCUUUCCCAAUCCAGUUCAUUGAUUCUAUGAUUUCGCUUGUAGAGGCUGAGGCAAACCCAGCAUCUGGGAGAGCCACGGCUCCAAGCUCACACGCAGUGAGCCCCAUGUUAAACCUUGAUGGAGCUGCCCUGCAGUGGCUGCUGCAGCCCUUUCCCUGCAGAGGGGCCCACGCUGCUCGGGGGAUGCCUGCACAGAAGGGCAGGGAUAAAGCUCUUGUGAUCAGGAUAACGAGAGGCCCCUUCUGCACACACCACACCCUGACCACCCCCUUCCCUUCUGCUGCCCCCCACGGGGACCCCCAGCGCGCCCCAGCCAAUGGCCCCAUGGGGAGGAGCUGCUCCAGGGGAUAAAAGCCUGCGUGGGGUCGGCAGCGCAGCCACGGGUCCCUGUCCUCCCCCUGCCGCCGCCGCCGCCUCCGCCGACACCAUGGUGCACUGGACAGCCGAGGAGAAGCAGCUCAUUGCCAGCCUCUGGGGCAAGGUCAACGUGGAGGAAUGCGGAGCCGAGGCCCUGGCCAGGCUGCUCAUCGUCUACCCCUGGACACAGAGGUUCUUCUCUUCCUUCGGGAACCUCUCCAGCCCCACGGCCAUCAUCGGGAACCCCAAGGUCCGUGCCCACGGCAAGAAGGUGCUCACCUCCUUCGGGGAGGCCGUCAAGAACCUGGACAACAUCAAAGCCACCUACUCCAAGCUGUCGGAGCUGCACUGCGAGAAGCUGCACGUGGACCCCGAGAACUUCAGGCUCCUCGGGGACAUCCUCAUCAUCGUCCUGGCUUCCCACUUCGCCAAGGACUUCACCCCUGCCUGCCAGUUCGCCUGGCAGAAGCUGGUGGGUGUCGUGGCUCACGCUCUGGCCCGCAGGUACCACUGAGCAUCCCCCGUGGGAUGGGGGGGCCCU